AUGGCCGACCGAGAGUACUCCAACACCAGUUCCCAGCCGUCCUCGCCUCGUGCGACCCGUCGGCCAAAUACACUCAACAGAAACCAUUCCAGCAUGGAACCCGACGAGCGCUCUCCCUUGCUGGUAAACACCUCCCGUUCUAGAAUAAGAGAUGGUGGUGCGCCGUCUCCCCGAAUUCCUCAAAUAUCUCGGAACCAUAGCUAUACAGGCAGCUCACGGCCGGUUAGGCACCACAGCAGGCAUGGCUCAUGGGGACAGAGACUCAUGCAGGCCUUGUCCGACCGAAACACCUCCAUGUCGGAGUCUAAAGCAUCGAAUCUUCCCGACGAGAGGGUAUGGUACGAUCAGUUCACCAGCACCGACUGGGUGCACGAUGCUAUUGCGGACUCUCAUCGCGUCAAAGCUUUGAGGAGCCGAAAGGACUUUUGGGGCCGUGUGCGUGUGGCUCUCGAUGGUUGUCAAGGCUGGAUUCUGAGCGCUGUGUGCGGAUUCGUCAUUGCCCUUAUUGCUUAUGCCAUUGAUAUUGCCGAGGUGACCAUCUUCGACUUCAAGGAUGGUUAUUGCUCAAGGGCUUGGUAUCUGAAUGAAAAGAAAUGUUGCCGGCGAGGCCCGUGCGAUGACUGGAGGAGCUGGUCGCAAGCUUUCGACUAUCACCCAUUUGGCGAGAAGUGGACUGAUUUCCUGAUAUACUUGGCCUGCGUCAUUGGCCUAGCACUCCUCUCAUGUUGGAUUGCUCUUGGUACAAAGACGGUGGUGCCUUCUGCAUACCAACUCACCACGCUGGACGAGAAUCUGGCCGCUGUGCCUCAAGCCGUAGGCCAACCAGGUGAUGGGAACUCGAGUGACGAUAGUGCCAGUCCUCGGCAGCAGGAUGAGUCGCAGCAAACGAGUCCGCCAAUGAUAUACUACUCUGCUGCCGGCAGCGGAGUUGCAGAAGUUCGAGUCAUCCUCAGUGGAUUUGUCUUGCACGGCUUUUUGGGUGUCAAGACUCUCAUCAUCAAGUCUGUCGCUCUUGUUUUGAGUGUUGCAUCUGGCCUCAGCUUGGGAAAGGAGGGUCCUUAUGUCCAUAUUGCAGCUUGCGUGGGCAACAUUGCCUGUCGUUUGUUUGCCAAAUAUGAUCGAAAUGAUGCCAAGCGCCGAGAGGUUCUUUCUGCAGCUGCAGCUGCUGGUGUUGCCGUAGCCUUCGGUGCCCCCUUGAGCGGAGUUUUAUUUGGACUGGAAGAAGUAUCAUAUUUCUUUCCUGCCAAGACCUUGUUCAGGACCUUUUUCUGCUGCAUCAUUGCGGCUCUGUCGCUGAAGUUCUUGAAUCCGUACGGCACCCACAAGAUCGUCAUGUUCCAGGUCAGAUAUCUCGUCGACUGGGAAUACUUUGAGCUCGUCAGCUUCGUGUUUGUCGGCAUCCUCGGUGGUGCCCUUGGUGCGUUGUUCAUCAAAGCAUCCCAUUACUGGGCCAAGACCUUUCGCCGCAUCCCCGCCAUCAAGUCAUACCCUCUGCUGGAAGUCUUUCUCGUAGCGCUGGUCACCGGUCUCAUGAGCUACUGGAAUGCUCUCGUCAAGGAACCAGUUGCCAAGCUGCUUCUCAACCUGGCGUCGCCAUGCGAUGGCAACGACGAAAACACGGACGAGCUUGGUCUCUGUCCGGGAUCGGUAAAUGACAUUCCUCCUAUAUUGUUGACCCUCCUUGUUGCCUUCCUUAUCAAAGGAUUCCUCACUGUAAUUACUUUUGGCAUUAAAGUACCGGCAGGAAUCUACAUUCCAUCCAUGGUGGUUGGUGGUUUGAUGGGAAGAAUCGUGGGCCAUCUCGUGCAGUGGUUCGUCCUCUCGGUACCGCAGUGGUCAAUCUUUGGCAACUGCGCAACGGCAGCGGAUGGAUCAUGCAUUCAGCCAGGCGUGUAUGGGCUCAUAGCAGCCGGAGCCACCAUGUGUGGUGUUACGAGACUCUCCGUUACCUUGGCAGUCAUCCUGUUUGAGCUGACGGGCAGUUUGGAUUACGUUCUCCCAUUUUCACUCACCAUCUUGGUUGCCAAGUGGACGGCAGACGCUAUUGAGCCCAAUAGCAUAUACGAUCUUCUGACCAACAUGAAUGCGUACCCAUUCCUAGAUAACAAACACAAGCCCGUCUUCACCAGCGAUUUGGCGGAUAUUGUGACUCGCACUCGGCGAGAACGAGUCAUUGACAUUACCAAUUCGCCCCUUGUACCUGCCACGAGCCUUCGUUCCAAGCUCGAGCUUCUUCAUCGCGCCGGUGAACUUGAUGGCGGCCUUCCAAUCAUCAGGCACGAAGUCUUGGUGGGACUUAUUCCUGCACCAGAUCUGGAAUUUGCCUUGGAUCAGCUUGAAGACGAGCAGACAAGUCUAUGCUUGAUGGAUAGAGUACCAAGCAUUGAUGAAGAUGACGAGGACUACAUGGACCCUACUGAUUUUACGCAGUACAUCGACCCGGCACCGGUUGCAUUGGACAUUCGAUCUCCCAUGGAUCUGGUAUACGAAUGUUUCGUAAAGCUGGGUCUUCGGUACAUUUGCGCCCUUAAGGACGGCAAGUAUAGAGGCAUGAUUCACAAGAAGACAUUUGUGAAGUAUAUUCGGGAGCUUGAAGAGAAGGGAGAAUAG